AUGCGCUUCUCCAUAUUUGCCGUUUCGUGUGCCGUGGCAGCUGCUACCGAAUUGAGAGGGAGCACUGUCGACCUGUCCGCUAUCCAAGAGGAGAGCGCCAGCCUCAUCUCUCUGAACGAGGCUGCCGUCGUUUUCGUCGGUAUGUGCUUCAUGUAUGCCUUGAGGGGUCUCGGUUCUCCUGAGACCGCCACCAAGGGUAACAUGGCCGGUGUCAUCGGUAUGCUCGUUGCUAUCAUCUUCGCUUGCCUCGAUCCUCGCUUCACCCAUCACUCCGGUGUUCUUGCUAUCAUCUGCUUUGUCAUCGCUGCCAUCUGUGGUCUGUGGCUCUCGUCUAAGGCCACUAUGAUUGUGAUGCCGCAGAUGGUCGCUGGCUUCCAUGCUAGUGUCGGUUUUGCUGCCGUUAUGGUCGCUUACGCGCGUUACUUCGAUGCUGAGGAGGUGAUGACCGCUGGCCACUUGGUGGAGACUAUGAUUGGUAUCUUCUUCGGUGCCAUGACUCUCACUGGUUCUAUCGUCGCUUGUGGCAAACUCCAGGGUGUCAUUCGUUCGAAGGCCCUCCUUCUUCCUUUCCGUCAUUGGAUCAACGCUGGUAUCUGCCUUGCUUCCAUCCUGCUCACCGUUUGGUUGUGCAUGGUUGGUAAGGGAACCACUACCGGUAUGUGGAUCAUCAUUGCCACCACUAUCAUCUGCCUCUACCUCGGUUGGGCUCUUGUCAUGUCCAUCGGCGGUGCUGAUAUGCCUGUUGUUGUCUCCAUGUUGAACUCCUACUCCGGUUGGACUACCGUUGCCUGUGGUUUCAUGCUUUCCAACACUAUCCUUAUCAUAGCCGGUUCUCUCAUCGGUUCUUCCGGUGCCAUCCUUUCUUACAUCAUGUGCAAGGGUAUGAACCGUUCCUUCACCUCGGUCAUUCUUGGUGGCUUCGGUGUUGAGGAGGGUCACACUGUUGAGGUCACUGGUACCGCCACUGAGACUAAUGUCGAUGAGGUUGCGGAUAANNNNAGCGAUCAGUCUCUGUCCUUCUUCAACGAGCCUAUCCCUCUCUAUUCGAAUGUCGCUCAAUUGUUUCUCCAAAAGAACAUUCUUCUCCUGAAGAUCCAUACCUGGCAACCUCUUCCAAAUAGGAACCCUGCAGACUCGACUGCUGCUCACUUUCGUCUACAAGCUUCCUUAUUUCAUCUUUCCAUUUCUGCGCUUUGGCUUCAUAAUUGUCGCUUUCAUUUCUGA